CGAUCCCACCCUAAAAACCCUAAACAAGGCUACCGCAGUUCCACCAUAAGUCCUCACUCCACGAGCCCGAAAAGAAAAAGAAAAAAAAAAAACCCACACACACUUUCACGUUUUAGUGCGUGAAGAAACGCAUGAACAGAACCUGUAUAUAUAAAUACACGCUCGAAUGAAUUGCACACAUUUUCUCCUUCCGCCGGUUUUCACUCCGCCGCACCUCAGUCGCCUCUCUCUCCUCCGGUCUCAUACCGUCGUAUCCUUAUCCACAAACUUAUAUGUCGAGUGUAUUUGUCCCUGUCCUGCUUUGGCUCUUGGUGGUGUCCUUACCAUUACUGGUGUCUCUGGGCAUCUCAAUCUGUUCGCUAUCGGUGAUAGUACAGGUGUUAUUAAACCAUCUCGAAGAUUUUUUCUCCGAGCUGCGUCUUCAUCCACACCAAAUAUGGAAAAUGAUCCAGAGGCAUUUGGAAGUCUUAAGCAACAACUGGCAAAGCUAUUCGAAAAAUCAUUGAAAGUAACAGUCCCGGAAGAGUUGGAUGUAGUUCCUGCUAUUGCUCCAUGCCAAAAUCCUAAAUUUGGUGAUUAUCAAUGCAACAAUGCCAUGGGCUUAUGGUCAAAAGUUAAAGCAAAGGGUACCCAGUUUAAAGGUCCCCAACCUAUAGGACAGACCAUUAUGAAGAAUCUCCCUGAGUCGGAAAUAAUAGAUUCAUGUUCAAUUGCUGGUGCUGGCUUUGUAAAUGUUGUUCUGUCUAAACAAUGGAUAGCCAAGAGCAUUCAAAAGAUGCUAGUUGAUGGUAUUGAAACUUGGGCUCCUAAGCUUCCUGUUAAAAGGGCUUUGGUUGACUUUUCCUCACCCAACAUAGCAAAAGAAAUGCAUGUCGGUCACUUAAGAUCAACUAUUAUUGGAGAUACCCUGGCCCGUAUGCUGGAAUACUCAAAAGUGGAAGUUCUUCGGAGGAAUCACGUUGGAGACUGGGGGACACAGUUUGGAAUGCUAAUUGAAUACCUGUUUGAGAAAUUUCCCAGUGGGGAAAUUACCAAUGAUCAAGCCAUUGGAGACCUUGAGGCAUUCUAUAAGGCAUCAAAGCAGAGAUUUGACAGUGAUCCUGUUUUCAAGGAAAAGGCACAACGGGCAGUUGUCAGUCUUCAGGCUGGAGAUGAGAAGUACAGAUAUGCAUGGUCUCAAAUUUGUGAGAUUAGCAGGAAAGGAUUCCAAAAGGUCUAUCAGCGUCUUGGAGUUCACUUGGAGGAAAAGGGUGAAAGCUUUUACAAUCCAUAUAUUCCUGGAGCGUUGGAGUUACUGAGUCAAAAAGGAUUAAUUGAAGAAAGUGAAGGUGCCCGUGUUAUCUUUAUUGAAGGAAAGAACAUACCACUUAUUGUUGUGAAGAGGGACGGCGGUUACAAUUAUGCUUCAACUGAUCUUGCUGCUUUGUGGUAUCGACUGAAUGAGGAAAAAGCUGAGUGGAUGAUAUAUGUAACUGAUGUUGGUCAGCGAGAGCAUUUCGAGAUGUUCUUUACUGCUGCAAAACGAGCUGGCUGGCUUCCAUCUGAGGAUAAUAAGUAUCCUAAAGUUAGCCAUGUAGGCUUUGGCCUUGUUUUGGGAGAGGAUGGAAAGAGAUUCCGUACUCGGAGUACUGAAACUGUCAAACUAGUUGAUCUACUUGAUGAAGCCAAAAGUAAAUGCAAAGCUGCUCUAAUUGAGAGAGGCAAGGAUAAAAAAUGGACUGAGGAGGAGCUUGACAAAACUGCUGAAGCAGUCGGAUAUGGAGCUGUUAAAUACGCUGAUCUGAAGAACAACAGAACAACAAAUUACACAUUCAGUUUUGACCAGAUGCUCAAUGACAAGGGAAAUACAGCUGUAUAUUUGCUGUAUGCACAUGCUCGAAUCUGCUCAAUCAUCAGAAAAUCAGGAAAAGACGUUGAAGAAUUAAAAAAGACUGGGACACUAGAUUUGGUUCACCCGGAUGAACGUACGUUAGGGCUCCAUUUACUCCAGUUUCCUGAGAUUGUUGAAGACGCUUGCACCUAUCUUUUGCCGAACAUACUGUGUGAAUACUUGUACAAUUUAUCAGAGGAUUUCACUAGGUUUUACACCAACUGCCAGGUNAAAAAAAAAAAAAAAAUCCCAAUAACUUCAUAUUGUGGUGGGGUCGGCAGAAGAGACGAGCAGGCUGUUGCUGUGCGAAGCAACGGCAGUUGUAAUGAGAAAAUGUUUCCAUCUACUUGGGAUUACACCCGUUUACAAAAUUUAAACUCGGCAUUUUGUGACUCUCGCACGGGAUUAUUUUGAUGUGCAUUUAUCUUUUCAUUUGUACCUUGAGGCUUUUUCGGGAAAUUUAAUGUAUUAAAGUUUACGGUAUAAAUAUGAAAUUGUUCGAUCUUGAAUGCAAUUUGCUGCUUUUAGUUUCUUAUGUGAGGUGUUGAAGGGAUGAAGCAUUGGAAGAAACUUGAUGAAUUUUUACUCACUCAUAUUUACAUAUGUGCAUUAGCCUCGCUUGUCACAACUCGUAAGUAUACAUAAACACGUUUUCUGGUUUAUCUUGAAUCAAAAUUUUAGCCCGAGAUAUUG